AAUUUUUGUACACGAUGGGUAACAUGGUGUUGUUUGUUGCUGGGCUUGUACUCACGGUGUUUGAUUCAUCGGACAGUGCCUGGUCCAGUAUAUCGGACAUUGUAAAUCACAUCCGUAAGACGUCCGACCCUGAUGCCAUACCACGUGACCGACACAGCCCACUGGAGGUGGAAGUCCAGUUCAAUCCGGUGAACAUUCUGGAAGCCGAUCCCAAGACCAAGAGGACGGAACUGAUCGUCUGGCAAGAUAUCCGUUGGAAUGUCCGUUCCCUUGGCUGGGCAGAGCAGGGAAUUUCCGACAUCCAUUCUGUCACUGUUCCUGCCAAAUACCUGUGGUUGCCAGACUUGACUUUCUACAACACCAUCUCCGCCCCUGAACCGUUGGUGCCGCAACUGGUCGUCGUCAACAUUGACGGGGGCGUCCUGUGGGUGCCCAGCCUCAAGCUCACGACCCUGUGUGACGUCACCAGCGGCGUUUCCACCUGCGUCAUCAAGAUGGGGUCGUGGACGUACAGCGAGGAUGACGUCAAGCUGACGGCUAAAACCUACGCGUCAAAUUACGUCACAGAUUCCUUGUAUGAGCUGGUCAGCUCUGAGGUUAACGUGACCAAUAUUGUAUACACGUGCUGUACCCAAGUCUACACACAAGCGGAGUUUAAAAUUCAGUUCCGGAAGAAAACUGGGAAACGAAAUAAAAAGAUGAAAUCGGAACAAACCCGGAAAUAGUAUUGAAUGAAGAUUUAGUCGACUGACCAAAUAAUAUAUAAAAUACAAA